AUUGCUGUUUGCCAACGCGGUUGUUUUGAAUGGUAUUUCUUCGAGGUCUGCAAAGAUGUCUCUCGCUGGUCUCAAGAAGCAAAUCAACAAAGCUAAUCAGUUUAUGAGUGAGAAGAUUGGAGGAGCUGAAGGUACAAAACUAGAUGAUGAAUAUAUUGAAAUUGAAAAAAAAGUUGAUACAAUUUCUAAAUUAUUUGAAGAUGUUAUCGCACAAACACAAGAAUAUUUACAACCAAAUCCAGCUUAUCGUGCUAAAUUAAUGACAAUGAAUACAUUGAAUAAAUUACAAGGAAAAUCAAAAUGUGCAGCAUAUCCUCAACCUGAAAAUCAAUUAGGUGAAUGUAUGAUAAAAUGUGGUCGUGAUUUAGGUCCUGAUUCAUGUUAUGGUCAAUGUCUUGUAGAAGCUGGUGAAACAUUUAAAUGUUUAGCAAAUAUUAAAUAUACUAUGGAAGAACAUGUGAAGGAGAAUUUUCUAGAUCCUUUACAUAGUGUACAAACACAUGAAUUGAAAGAGAUCAAUUAUCAUCGUAAAAAACUCGAAGGACGAAGAUUAGAUUUUGAUUGUAAAAAACGAAAACAGGAUCGAAGUGCAAGCAAUUCAAGAUUACCUGAAGAUGAAGUUAAAAUUGCUGAAGAAAAAUUCAAUGAAUCAAAAGCAUUAGCCGAACAAGCAAUGAUUAAUUUUUUGAAUAGUGAAACUGAUCAAAUGCAUUCAUUAUUAGAAUUUGCAACAUCACAAGCGGAUUAUCAUCGUCAAGCUGCAGAGAUUAUGGAACAAUUAAGGAAAUUUUUGAUUGAAAAAAAAGAAGAAGCAAUGUCAAAACCACAUAAAGUAUACGAAGUAAAACGUGUAAAUGUCACAUUAAAUCAUGAUAUAUCAGGGAGUAAGAGUCCAUUAAAUAGUACUUUAAAUACUCCAACUAAAAAUGGUCCAAGUCUUCAUACAACAAAGAAUACACCUAUUUUAGGACCAUCUUGUAAAGCAUUAUUUGAUUUUGAAGCAGAAAAUGAAUCAGAAUUAUCAUUCUCUGAAGGUGAUAUUAUUAGUUUAAUAUUACGAGUUGAUGAAAAUUGGUUUGAAGGUGAAUUAAAUGGUCGUAAAGGUUAUUUUCCAGUGAAUUAUGUUGAAGUAAUUAAUCCUCUUCCAUCAUAGAAAUCCAAUUAAUCCAUCCAUCCAUCAAUCAAUCAAUUUUUUUCUCAUCGUUGUGUGUAUCUGUAUGUGUGUGUGUGUGUGUGUUAGUAUCUUAUAAUCAAACAUGUCAAUUUAUCAUGACAUAAACAUUAUGACAAUUUCCUCAUAUUCAACAAAUUGUAUACAGUAAGAGUACAACUACAAAGAUAACUAUCAUUAUUCGACCAAUUAUACUUAUUAUAUAUAUAUAUAUACCUAGAUAGAUAGAUCAGAAGUAUUCUUCAACUAACCCUAAUGAAGUAAAUCACUUGAAGAUCAACAACACCAUCAUUCAUUAUAUAUUGUAUUGUUUAUUAUCUCUAAUUUGUUUAUUAUUUAACUCAAUCAUAGAUAUACAAAUAAUAUACUGCAAUAAAAUUAAAAUAAAAAAGAAAAGCCGGUAAAUUAUCAUUUAUUAUUUGUUGUGUUUUAUUCUUGCUUUAUUCUUCUAUUUACUUUAUAUUUUCUCUUUUCAAUUUUCUUUUAUAUAUAUAUAUAUAUAUUACCAUUUAUUAAAACAAUGGAAAUUGUAUAUUUAAUAAACAGGAUAUUACUAUUAUGAUUAUAAGUAGUACUACUAGUAGUAUUGUCAAAUAUUAACUUUCAUAGGUCUCUCCAUCUACUAUCUAUCUAUCUAUUUAUUUAUCUAUCUAAUAGAUGAUAACCAAACAAACACCUAUUCUAUGCUUAUAGUUUAUUCUUAUGAUAAAUGAUAUUACCAUAUUUCACAUUUCUUUUGUUUUGUUUUUUGUCUUGACAACUUACUUCAAUGUUUCAUUUUAAGAUGAAUUAACCUUUCCUCUCUCUCCCCCUCCCCAGAAGUUGUAUCCAACCCAUCUCUAUGAAUAUAUCAAUGAUUAUUGAUCAAUGUAUUAUUAUUAUUAUUGUUAUAUUUUCAAAGAGUAUUCUCUAUAUUAAAGAUCAUAAUUACAAAAUAAAAAAAGAAAACCCAAUUCUCAAAUAUGGAUCCACAUUUAUACAUAUAUAUAUAUAUUUGUUUAUUUUGAUAUCUAUCUAUGUUUGUUUGUUUGUAUGUGCGUGUGUGUGUGUGCGCGCGCGUAUGAAUAUUACUCUUUUUCUCGUCACAUUCCAUUUGGUUUUCUUUCCCUUUCUCCCUCCCUCUCUCUCUCUCACAACCACACACACACACACACUAUCACUUCUUGAUCUUGUUUUCUUGUUUCCUAAUUAAUUUUAAUUUAAUGAUCAAAUGUAAUAAAGAAUAAUAAUAAUAAUAAUAAUAUGAUUAUACAUUAUUCUUGUUCAUUUCAUUCAAUAAUCAAUACUCAUUUACCUAAUUUUACUCCUGUUGGUAAUAAUGGUGAUAAUAACAAUGGUAAGUAUAAUCAUGUUUGAUGGGUAUUAAUGAUGUAACUAUUGUUAUUAUUAUUUAUUAAAAUUAUUUCCAAUUCUA